AUGGGUUCUCAUUCUCAAGAAGACAAGCAGGAGGUGAGCAUCGCGUGUACCAAUGCAGACGCCGAGUGGAAUCACAAUGACGAGUUCAAGUCGUCUUCCGCAGACGCUGCGGACAUGCGGAGGAUGGGAAAGGAGCAACAGCUUGUUAGACAGUUCCGGUUCCUGUCAAUGGCCUCGUUUGUUGCUGUUGCUACUGCUUCAUGGGAAUUCACCGUGUUCAACCUCACUGGAGGCAUAACCAACGGUGGUAGGCCGAUGCUGAUAUACCCCAUGCUCUGGAACAUCGCUGGCUUCUGCCCCAUUUAUCUCAGCGUGGCGGAAAUGGCGAGCAUGGCACCCAUCGCCGGAGCUCAGUACCACUGGGUCAGCGAGUUUGCUCCAGAACGUUUCCAGAGGGUCCUCAGCUAUGCCACCGGGUGGACUUCUACGCUUGCAUGGCAGGCAGGGAAUGCUUCGGGCGUCUUUCUAGUAGCCACAAUUAUCCAGGUUCUGAUUUCCCUACACAACGAGCAGUACACCUUCCCGCAAUGGCAUGCGACUCUCCUAGCCAUGAUGGCCGUCGUGGUCGCGUUACUCGGGAACACAUUUGGCGCAAGAGUCCUGCAUAUGUGGCAGAACGCGGUCUUCGGUUUGCAUAUCCUGGUCUAUCUUGGGUUUAUAAUUCCUAUCUGGGUGAACGCCCCUCGAGCUUCGUCUUCCCAGGUUUGGACUGAGUUUGAAUUCAAUGGCGGAUGGCCUAGUGCUGGCCUGGCGGUGCUCGUCGGGCAGCAAACCUCUAUAUUCACUCAAAUUGGCGUUGAUACGGCGGCUCACAUGGCCGAGGAAGUCAGACAUGCAUCAAAAGCAGUUCCAAAGGCAAUGAUUAGUAUCUGGCUAGUAAACUCGUUCCUGAGCUUCGUGUCAUUCAUUACGGUUGCCUAUCACCUCCCGGACGUUGGAAAGGCGCUCGCUGACCCCACGCUGUAUCCCAUUGUCCAUGUGCUCCGGCAGUCGAUGUCGAAGGAGUGGAUGACAGUGCUUCUCUCGUUUAUCCUCUUCCUCAUAGUCUGCUCCAACAUGACUUAUCUCGCAGCCGUUACUCGGGAUAGCUGGGCGUUUGCGCGUGACCAAGGACUCCCGUUCUCAGACUGGAUAGCGAAGGUCAACAAGAGAUUCCGCAUUCCCUUGAAUGCAAUUGGCGUGACUAGCAUCAUCAGCGGCUUCUUAAGCCUGAUAUACAUCGCUAGCCCCAUUGCAUUCUACGCCAUGGGUUCUCUUAUAACCGUAGCGCUGCUACAGUGUUACUGUCUCAGCAUUGGCUGCAUGCUAUGGCGCCGCAUUGCGCACCCGGAGACCCUACCACCGGCAACAUUCUCCCUUGGAAAGUUUGGAAUUCCUAUCAAUAUCGCGGCAGUCUGCUACUCCUUGUGGGGAUUCUUCUGGACAUUCUGGCCUAUAGGAAGUGAGAUAUCGCCGACCACAUUCAACUGGGCUCCGGUGGUAUUCGUUGCAACGUUGAUAGUUGCGAGUAUUCAUUUUGUGUUUGUGGCACGGAAAAAAUACUUCGGUCCAGUCAUGCACAUUCAAGGCCGAAACAUACGACCGACCCAACACUGA